ACCCACACAUCACUACUCCGACCAGGGCUGCCGUUGCCAACGAUGCAAUGCUUCGUUUUACAGAUGAACCCCGGGCAUAGGCACCUUCCGAGUGCCGCGGUCAACCUCCAAGAGGCGGUACCCUCCUCGUCUUCUUGGAUAAUUUACGACAAGCUUCAGUAGAGAGCACCUGAAGGACCCAAGCUACCCGGUAGAGACCGGACUCUGGGCUUUAUGUGUACCGCAGCGACGCUGGAGAGGAAGCUGGAGCCAUGGGUUUCUCCUUCAGCCUUCGAUGAACUGAAUUAAGCUGGACCUGCGCAAAUCAGCCAAGCUGCCCCUGCCUACAGUGGGGGCUCCCCUCACCCCAUCGCCCUCUCCAGCUAUGGCAGGCUUCAAGCGGGGCUACGAUGGCAAGAUUGCCGGCCUGUAUGACCUGGACAAGACGCUGGGUCGUGGCCACUUUGCCGUGGUCAAGCUGGCGCGUCACGUCUUCACCGGGGAGAAAGUGGCGGUGAAGGUGAUCGACAAGACUAAGCUGGACACCGUGGCCACGGGCCACCUUUUCCAGGAAGUGCGCUGCAUGAAGCUGGUCCAGCACCCCAACAUUGUGCGUCUGUAUGAAGUGAUAGAUACUCAGACCAAGCUCUACCUCAUCUUGGAGCUGGGCGAUGGAGGGGAUAUGUUUGACUACAUCAUGAAACAUGAGGAGGGUCUGAAUGAAGAGCUUGCUAAGAAGUAUUUUGCCCAGAUUGUCCAUGCUAUCUCCUACUGCCAUCGGCUGCAUGUGGUGCACAGGGACCUCAAGCCAGAGAAUGUGGUGUUCUUCGAGAAACAAGGGCUGGUCAAGCUCACUGACUUUGGAUUCAGUAACAAGUUUCAGCCGGGAAAGAAGCUGACAACCAGUUGCGGAUCUCUGGCAUACUCUGCACCGGAAAUACUGCUGGGUGAUGAGUACGAUGCUCCAGCUGUAGAUAUUUGGAGUCUCGGUGUGAUUCUCUUCAUGUUGGUAUGUGGCCAGCCACCCUUCCAGGAAGCCAACGACAGCGAGACCCUCACCAUGAUCAUGGACUGUAAAUACACUGUACCGACCCACGUCUCCAGCGCCUGCAAAGAUCUUAUAGACCGUAUGCUUCAGAGGGAUCCCAAGCGACGGGCCUCCCUGGAGGAGAUUGAGAGCCAUGCCUGGCUGCAGGGGGUCGACCCGUCCCCAGCCACCAAGUACAACACUCCCCUGGUGUCCCACAAGAACCUGUCGGACGAGGAACACAACAGCAUCAUCCAGCGCAUGGUGCUAGGAGACAUCGCCGACCGAGAGGCCAUAGUGGAAGCCCUGGAGACCAACAAAUACAACCAUAUCACAGCCACGUACUACCUGCUAGCAGAGAGGAUCCUGAGGGAGAAGCAGGAGAAGGAGGUCCAGACCCGCUCCUCCAGCCCCAGCAACAUCAAUAAGGCACAGUUCAGGCAGUCGUGGCCCACCAGAGUGGACAUGCACCAGGACAUAGAGGACAGCUUGGCAGCUUCCUCCAUCUCCCAUGCUGGAGGGCCACAGUCCCCGGCCCGCAGCGCAGAGAACCUGCUCAACGGACAUCGCUCCAAAGGCCUGAUGGAGCUGGGCCGACGCGAGGAAACCGUGACCGACUCUGCAGGACCGCCUGCACAGGGAGCCUCUGCUGCUGCCUCGGGCUCCGCUCCUGGGUCUGGUUCUGGGACCAACAGGGCCUCCACACCAUCCACCUCAGCAGCAGCCAAGCAGCGGACCUGCCUGUUCAGGGUGGAGGAGGAUGAAGAGGAGGAAGAAGAGCACGACCCGUCCCCCUUCCCGAGCCAGGUGAUCCUGAGGCGUAAGCCUCCCUCCAUCACCAACCGCCUCACCUCCAGGAAGAGCGCCCCGGUGCUCAACCAGAUCUUCGAGGAGGAGGGGGAGUCGGACGACGACUUCGACAUGGACGAGGGCCUGCCUCCCAAACUCAGCCGCCUCAAGAUGAACAUGGCCGGGAACGCCGCCAACGUGAGCUCCGGGGCCGCCGCCUCCUCCUCGUCCCCGGGCUCCACGCAGAAGCGCUACCACCGGCGCAAGAGCCAGGGGAGGGGGUCGUCGUGUUCGAGCUCCGAGACGAGCGACGACGACUCGGAGAGCCACCGGAGGCGUCUGGAUAAAGACUCGGGCUUCGGUUACGGCUGGAACAGGAGGGACAGCAGCGAGGGCCCGCCCGGCAGCUCGGGAGGCAACGGAGGAGGCAGCGGCUCGGGGCCGAGUAAACCUCCCGGAGAGGGAGGGGGAACCUCUGGUCCAGACAGGGGGAGUCCUCCUGGAGGGGGUGGUAACGGGGGAGGAGGAGGGGGUGGUGGCGGUGGAGGGGGAAGUGGGGGAGGAGGGAGGAGUAAAGGACAAGACAGCCCCUCCAGUUGUUGUAACAACAGUAGCACUACUAACCCGUCCCUCACCUCUCUGUCCCGCUCGUCCCGCACGGCGAGCCGCAGCACUGAGCUGGUGGAGAGCCUGAAGCUGAUGAGUCUGUGCCUCAGCUCCCAGCUGCAGCACCACCGCGGGGGGCGGGGGGGACGAGGGAGUGGAGGUGGAGGUGGUGGAGGAGGAGUAGGGGGAGGAGGAGGAGGAGGGGGAGGAGGGGGGAAGUUCAUCAUAGACCCUCGCAGCCUUUCAGGAGGGAGCGUGAAAGUCCAGGAGAAAUCUGCCUGGAGGAUGUGCAUCGGUUCCAACGGGAGCCUGGACACCAUCACCCUCCCCACCACCGCCCUGCCUCGCAGCCACGCCCCGCACCACCACCACAACCACCACCACCACCACCACCGUAAAACAGCGCCACAUGCCCACUCGGGGCCAGGCGUCAGGGACGCUCACAGCAACCUGAGCGCUCUGAAAAACGGCGUGCUUCAACUACCUCUGUGUGAGAAGACCAUCUCUGUCAACAUCCAGCGGGGCGGAGGCUCCAGGGACGGCCUGCUCUGUACCUCGGCUCCGGCCAGCUGCUGCCAGGUCAUCUGAAGCUCCUCCCUCCGCCCGCGCUCACCUCUCAGUCCCUCUGCACAUCCCAUUACUUACUGUGUUCAGCACAUAGCUGAGCUCACAUCACCUCCCCAUCAACACAACCCGCCUUCUGCUGUUGUCUCCACUUCCCUGUCACCGAGGUGCAUGUUGGUAACCCUUGUUUUUAACAUUUAUUAGCGUCUUUAGUACCUUUUUCUUUUUCAUCCUGGUUUUAUGUCCCCCAACUGGCCUCCAGAUUAGUGCAACUAUUAUUUUUAACAGUAUGCUGUUUUUUUUUUAGAACAAAUUGAAAUGAGGAAAGUUUGAUAGUAACUGGAUAUUGGAGGGAAAACAUAAUAGUAGAAGUACACUUCUUUUAGCUGUACUAUAAAGGGAACUUUUGUUUUAACGUUAUGAGCAUAAAGUCAAUAUUUGGAAGGAAAGGUCAAUAUUAGGAGUAGCAAUUUUAGGAGACAAAAGUCGUAAUAAUUUAGGAAUAAAGUCAUAAUUUUACAGAACAUUUUUAAUAUUUAGAGACGGUCAUAAUUUUACAACAAAAAAAGUCUCAUUUUGAGGUUAAAGGCCUUUACACACUUAACAUCGAACGGCAGCUGGAGAAUCGCAGAAUGGCACUGAAGGCUUUUCUAGACAGUAAAGAUGUUUUCGUUCUUCUCCCGACUGGCUUCAGCAAGAGUUUGAUUGGCAGAUGGUUCAUCCAAUCACCUGACAAGUAGUUUUUGAAAGUGCCUGCCCUCUUCCAAACAGUUUCCAAUGACAGCUUCUCAGACGGUUCUGUGUAACAAACCAUCUGGUGGGUUGGGUUAUUUACGCACCGCCACUGUUUUUUUUGUGUGAUUAAUUCUCUGGUCAAUAUAUUUUACUUUAACACCCAAUGCGAAUAUUUGGUGCUGAAAAAGGCCUCACACUGAGGUCAAUUUUCUGAGCUUUUGCACCGCGAAUAAAGGCGUCAACCAAUCACAUCAUGUGAAACGGACACAUUCAAUACGUAAACUAAAUAGUACAACAACACAAAUGCUCCGUAGUCUGAACAAAGAUACCAAACUUUAUUACUCCUUUCACCACUCCUUCCUUUCUUACCUUUCACAUUAAAAGCACUAGACAUAUAAUAUUCUUCACGCGCCCCCACCCCCCACCCCCACCGGUGUGUAAAGGCCUUAAGUUGUAAUGAUUUAAGAUAAAGUGGUGAUUUUCUUGAAAAGUUCUGACUUUAUUCCAUUAAUGAAACUUUUGUUUUCUUAUAUUUCUCACAUUUAAAAUUUUCAACUUUAUCCUCAAAACACUGCAAUGUUCUUUUUACACUUUUAUUCUUAAAUUUAUAAUUUUUUUUCUUUUAACAGCAGCCCUUAUACUCUGUGGUACUUGUAGUAGUUCAACAGAACUAUUAAAAUAGUUUCCGUGUUGUACUGUAGCCGGCAGAAACACUCCCCCCCCCCCACCUCUCGCUCCCUCUGAAUGUUGGCAAGCAGCUGGAUUAUAAAGUGGAUUGCAUUUCCAUGAAUCCACACAGGAAGAGAACAGGUUUUAAUUUUGACUCCAGUCUGGACUCCAUAUUGCACUCAGACAAUCUGUUUUAUGUUGUUUUUAAAAAUGAUUUCUACUCGAAUGAAUUGAGCGUAUCUGUUAAAAACCCCUUUACAUUCGGGCGGCAGCACACUUUUACUUUGAAAAACCACCAGGUUUCCUCUUUGCUGUCUCUUUUAUUAAAGUGUGUGUGCACUCCUCUGUAGCAAGAUAAUGCUCAUCACCUCAACACGUUUUGGAAAUGUUACUGCUGACCAUAUAUUUAAAAUGAGGUGUUGUUAUUAUUUUUUUAAUUCAUAUUUCAGUGUGUUGCUGUAGUAGCUGGUAGAGAACAUUAGUGUGUGUCUGGCUCUCACUACCGAUAUCCCAGUAGUGUGUUCUGAUUUGACCUCUGCUGGCUUCUUUCAGUCCCACCUGCACCCACAGGUCACCCAAAGCUUACUGUACAUGUGGGUGCAGUGCGUUCACUCCUGUAUGGAGUAUGUAUAUACAGUAUGUUGAAAAGUAAAGUUUAUUUUUAAAACUUGUACAUUUGUUUUUUUGGAGCGAUCUGCUGUUCGAAAACGUGGACAGAGGCCUGUGUGACGUCUCCUUGGUUAGAAUAAGUGUGUGUUUGCAGCAGGAGCUCAACUGUGCAGGAGAAAGAGCUCACGACUUCCAGCUUUAAUAUAUACAUAGACGCCGCAUUGGACGGCGAUAUGUCAACGUGGGCGCCAUAUUGGGCCAGGCGAGACUGGCCUGUAAACAAAUACAAGUGAACGGGGGAACUACUGUUUUUCUGUAUAAAAAGCACUAUAACAUCUACAUUCUCCAACCGAUUUCAACGAAUAAUUUUAUAUUACAGGGUUUAUGAUCUACGAGAAGUAAAAAUAUAUAAAGUUUUGUCUCCAGUUAAUUAAAAUCUGGAUAGUUAAGCUAUAAUCGCUGCUAGACGCUCAGGAGACGAGUGUACCGGAGGCUGACAUGAACCGAAUUACUGAUAAAUAAUAAAGAAUUAUUAAAACUCACAUUUUUCAAGUAUGGCUUUGGUUUAUUUUCCUUGUUUAAAGCUAAUACUUGUAGAGAGGUUCCUGUAUAGUAUAGUAUAGUAUAGUAUAAUAUAAUAUAAUAUAAUUUACUAUAAUAUAAUAUACUAUGAUAUACAACAAAACGUCUUCCUCCGGUUAGCAAUCAUGCUUUCAAUCUAACACUGCUACUGCAAUUACUAUUAUGUACUUACUAACAAGAGCAAUCAGAAUAACAAAUAGUAGUACAUACAUAAAAAAUGGUAACAAUACAUAUUAGUAUAAUAAUAUUAGUUAUGAUCUGAAUUUACUGAAAUAACGGUGAUAAUACAGCAAUUAUAAAAAACUAAAUAAUUAACGUAAUCGUUAACCAAGACAUACCAUCAGUUUUAUUGUUUGCAAUAUUAGACACAUCGUUUUUAAUAAGUAUCGUACAUUUCAUGUUUUAAACACGAUAUCAUGUUAGAUAUGAACAUCAAUAAGCUAACAUUAACUUAUAUCGAUUACAAUAACGAGCGUUAGCUAGCUCUUAUUUGACGUUACGGAAGCAAACGUGUUGUAAAGAUGUGAAAAAUGCUUAAAGGAAAAUUGUGAUAUGAUAGAACUAGUUUUUAAUAAUGACCUAAUAAUUGAUUGAAUCAUAUCGAAGGACAGACCGCUGAUCCAUGAACCGGUAGCAGCGACGUUAACGUAUUUAACAGGUUUUUCACCAAAAUCUUUGGGAAAAGAAGUUAAUGGUAACUUAACGUUACUCCUCGUAGAUCAUAAUCGUAAAUCAGUUGAUAAAUGAACAGGUUAUGGUGUUUUUUAUACAGAAAAAACAGCAGCUCUCCCGUUCACGUUGUAUUUGUUUACAGGCCAGUCUUGUCCGGUCCGAUACGGCGCCCACGUUGAUGUACGAUCCAGCAGUCGAUGCAGCGUCUCUGUAUAUAUAUCUCUAUGGAGCUGACCAAGAGACGAACAGAUGAAAGACAGGAAAUGGGGAAAUUCUCUAAGGGCAUUGGCAAUAAGCUAUACGGUGUGUUGCAGCUAUCUGUACAGAAACAUUUUUAUUAGUUUCACUCUUUUUUUAUUCCAAACUUGAGCAGCCUCACAUUGGACUGAACAGGAGAAAAAAAAAAAAAAGGAAAGCUAUGUUUGAAAUCUUUCUUUCUGUCUUUGGUUGAUGUCUGACUUUUCUUUUUAAAAACCAAAUGUAAAUAGAGUUUGUAAAUACGGUGCUCUUUCUCUUUAUCUAGAACAGCGGAGUGAACCCUUUGGUGCAUAGCUGUACAGUAAUCUAGCCUUAUGAUAAAUAGUAAUACUGUAUGGGUGUCUCAGCUAAAGCCUCUUCAUACUGUCAGGUCUGUUCGACUGUCGUCUUACUCGGCUGUAUCCAGGUGAAUGACGUGCAUGUGUUUCAGUGUUUGACAUUCAGUGACGCAGAGUGAGAGAGAGUCGGCCACAGAAAUGUUACUGGACCAAAAAGCAGCAGAAAAAAAAAGAGUUGGAACUGACAGAAAUAUUCAGUGUAUUAUUCUGUAGUUGAUACCUGUCGUCAGAAGUUACAUAUAGCUAUGGUAAUAUCCAAAAAUAAAAUGUGGAAUACUGUCUCAUA